AUGAAUCACGAUCCAUUUUCAUGGGGCCGCCCCUCUGAUGAGACUUACGGAUCCUAUAACAACGCCAUCGCCAAUGCUGGCAACGUCUCAGCCUUCCCCAAAAUGAACACUCAACAGCCGAUAAUCACAGGAACUUCUGUCAUUGCGAUCAAGUGCAAGGACGGAAUUAUAAUGGCAGCCGAUAAUCUGGGAUCAUAUGGUUCGCUAGCCAGAUUUGAUGAUAUCGAGAGAUUGGUGGAGGUUGGUGUUAACACUGUUGUUGGUAUGAGUGGGGACAUCAGUGAUCUCCAACAGGUUCAGAGGAUGCUUGAGCAGUUAGAGAUUGAUCAAAGCUACGAAGAAGAAACUUCUGCACUGAGAGCAGAGCAUGUUCACGAAUAUCUGUCUCGUGUCUUCUACAACAGGAGGUCCAAGAUGAACCCUCUGUGGAACGCGUGCGUAGUCGCUGGGUUGAGUGACGACAAGCCAAUCCUGAGAUACGUGGAUCUUCUGGGAGUUACAUAUGAAUCUGCAUGUGUUGCAACGGGCUUUGGUGGACAUCUGGCCAUACCAUUACUGAGACAGAAGUGCGAUUUCGAGGCUGAGUACGCUGAUAUCUCGCUCGACGAGGCCGAGAAGCUAGUCAAGGAGUGUAUGAAGGUGUUGUACUACAGAGAUGCUAGAGCUUUGGACAAGUACUCUUUGUGCAGAAUUGACAACAAUGCCGAAAAGAAGGUGACCAUCACCAAGGACGUGAGGUGCGAGGACAUGAAGUGGGAGUUUGCACAGCAUAUCAAGGGUUAUGGUACUCAAGUUGUUUAA